UAGCUGCUUUGGAAACCAUUACAGAAGAAUAUUUGAGGCCACCAUGGAUGACGGCUAUGAGAAUGAAGAGUAUCAGAAUGACAUUGUUUCAGAGAAACUGUCCCAUGCUUCGGAAAUGUCCUCGAAACAUGGAGGAACAGAAACAGUGACUAUUGGUGGUGAGAAUAACAACCAGGGCUAUGACUACAUCAUAAACGAGGAUAUGCUGGUGAGAAAACUACCAGAGAAAGAACUGGAAAUAGAGCAAGCUCUGUUUGCAUCCAGUUUUGGCAAAUGGGACCGCCACAGGAUAACCUUUUUCGUAAUCUACCUUCUGACAAUCUUUUCCCUGAUAAUGGCAAAUGCUGCCUUUGUGAUUGCGUUUCUCAGAUGCUUUCCAAUAUGUGCAUUCAAUUGGCAUGAAUUCCAGGACAAAUGCUACUACUACUCCAGAAAACAAGUCCUUUGGGAAAAGGCCAGGAGCACCUGCCAAGACCUGAGUGCAGAUCUGGUGAUUAUAGAUAGUGAAAAGGAACAGGUGAGUUUUCCCUGUGAUGAACAUCUUGCACAAGAAGCUCCUCUUCUGCUACCAGGAAUAGGCUCUCUGAGGUCUCUCAAGCUGAGGUCUCUCCCAGAUGUGCUUCUGGAGAUUAUGCAGUACAAGUAA